AUGUCUUUAGUUCAUCAGAACUCCUGUGAAUGUGUCCAGUCAGAAUUAGAUUUAUUCGAUACACCACCCACUCAAACCAGUGUAGAAGAUGGAUACUGGCAUCAAAUUGGAACGGUCACAUCUGUCAAUGAUGGUGGCCCUUAUGUCUUUGACGUAUCAGGAGCUGGAGAUGAUUACUUGGAUCUAGCAAAUACUUCCCUCUACGUGAAAGCACAGAUCCUCAAUAAUGAUAGCACCAACCUUACUGAUGAGAACGUUGCACCUGUUAAUCUUUGGUUACAUUCACUCUUCGGGGAUGUCAGCGUCUGUCUCAAUGAAAAACUAGUCUCGUCACCCAACAAUAUGUAUCCAUUCAGAGCUUACCUGGAAACGCUACUCAGCUAUGGUCCUGCAGCCAAAGAAUCUCAGUUGACCAGUGGAAUGUGGUAUAAGGAUACAGCUGCGCAAAUGGACACUGCAGGAAACGAUAAUCAUGGCUACAUCAAGAGGAAAUUGUCAACAGCAACCAGUAGAUCUGUGGAAAUGAUGGGAAGACUCCAUUCUGACCUAUUUGCCCAGGAAAGAUAUCUUGUCAAUAAUGUGAACAUGAAAAUAACGUUAACCAGAAGUAAAGAUGUUUUCUGUUUGAUGGGAGAAGACAAAGAAUUCAAAGUUGUCAUCAAGGACAUCUAUCUAAACGUGAGAAAAGUUAGACUGAGUCCAUCGGUGAGACUGGCCCAUGCAAAAGCCCUGGAAAUAUCACCUGCCAAAUACCCAAUCAGAAGAAUUGCAAUGAAAGUAUUUUCUGUUCCAAGAGGAAAUCACAAUUUUGUAAAGGAUAAUCUGUUUCUAGGACAAAUGCCUAAGAGAUUGGUCAUCGGAUGUGUGGACAGUGAUGCCUAUAGUGGACUCAUCACCAAGAAUCCUUUUCAUUUUAAAGAUUUUGAUAUUAAUUUUGUUGUCCUGAACGUGGAUGGCAAACAAGUCCCCACCAAGCCUUUGCAGCCAAAUUUCACUCAGAAACAUUACGUAAGAAGCUACAUGGGUCUGUUUAACACUACCGGCAAAACGUUUCGUGACGAGGGUAAUAACAUCUCAAAGGAUGAAUAUGGCACUGGUUUUACCUUGUUUGGAUUUGAUCUGACACCUGACCUUUCAGAAGUGGGCACAUUUCAUCUUAUAAAAAAGGGAAACUUGUCUUUGGAAGUGCAUUUCGGAACAGCCCUACCCAAUACCAUCAACGUUGUGGUGUAUGCUGAAUUUGACAAUAUCAUAGAAAUAGAUCGUAACAGACAAAUUCUUUUUGAUUAUAGUGCAUGA